CCCCUCCCCUCCCCUCCCCUCCUCCUCCUCCUCCUCCCCCCCUCCUCCUCCUCCUCCUGCAGCACCGCCGGUCGAGCUGUAACGGGACACUUGGAGCACAGCAGACCUCCGCCCGCCGCGCACCGCACCGUGCGCGCCCUCCUCCACCGGCUCGGGUGAUGCGGAUGCCGGAGAGGCGUCCGUGCUUCCGUGACAUGUGGCGGCUGGCGGCGUCUGAGUGACCGGAGGGACCAGAGGGGGAUUUUUUUUUCCCGGGAGAGGACUCGGCUGUCUGGAGAUGCGUGCGGAGCUCGGGAUGGACGCGCCUGCAUGACGCCGCCAUGUGUCUCGGCCCUCCCUAAUCCUGUUGCGGCGACACAGUGGAUCUCUCUCGGUCCCCGGACACCUCAUCGGCUCUUCGGCUCAUCCGACUCAUCCUCUGUAGCGAUCAGCUGCUGAUCAGUCCUAACCCACCCUUCCUAUCCGGGCUUUCCUUUUUCUAGACUCUUUCUUCUGAUCUGGAUUACCUACUGAUGUGAUGUUGAGUCCUGAUCCGUGAGCCGAGUCUACGGCGGACCUGAAAUGGAAAUGCCAGAACUGAACCACAGUCUGAUUUAACAGCAGGUUUUUACCAGGCUCUGCCCUCUGUGACUUUUUGCUCUGCUGUUAAAAAGUUGAAGCCAUCGCUCAUCUUUCGCUGAGCGACAUCUUGAAACCCAAAAAGGCAGCGAGCCUCAGCUAAUCAGCAAUAGACGUUGUGACAGGAGAGCCUCUCUCCUACGCGAGGUUUAACAAAAGAGUUGGUAUUAGAGCGAGAAAAGCUGAAAGGUUCAGCGGGACCCCGUCUGUGGACUCGUCUUGGCUUUGCUUCCUGGUCUGAGCUGCCCACCUCAGAGCAGCUCGCCUUCCCAAUGCCACCAUGCCCAUCAUCAGCAACGCCAACCAUGACUUCAGCAACUUGUCCGUCAGUGACGACAGCAGCCUCGAUCGCAUCUUCACCGAGAUUCCCGAGACCGAGACCAUCAAGGGUGUGUACUACCAGAGGGCUCAGUUCAUCCGGCGGCCAGAAGACUUGGUCUCCGUCGACCACGCCCUGCUGGCGGUGAUCAACGUUGGGGGAAACCGCUACACCUUUCCCUGGAGCACCCUGGAGCAGUUCCCCCUCACGCGACUCGGCCGCCUCUGCGGCUGCAGGUCGCCCGAGGACAUCGCCAGCGUCUGCGACGACUACGACGAGGCCCGCAAGGAGUUCUUCUUCGACCGCUCGCCGUCUGCCUUCAGGGUCAUCCUCAACUUCCUGGCCGCGGGGAAACUGCGGCUGCUGCGAGAGAUGUGCAUCCUCUCCCUGCACGACGAGCUGACUUACUGGGGGGUGGAGAUGGCGUACAUGGAGCGGUGCUGCAAGCGGAAGAUGUACACCCGCAUCGAGGAGGUGCACGAGCAGGAGAGGCGCGAGGAGGAGCGUCGGCAGAGGAACGCCAUGCAGCGGGUGCCGGUGGAGGAGACGCAGUAUCGAAAAAUGAUGAACUGGCUGAGAGACACGGUGGAGAACCCGCAGUCCGGUUUACCGGGGAAGAUCUUCGCCUGCAUGUCGGUGAUCAUGGUGGCGGUGACCGUCAUCAGCCUGUGCAUCAGCACCAUGCCAGACCUCAGAGAGGAGGAGGACCGGGGCGAGUGUUCCCCCAAGUGUCGCAACAUGUUCAUCAUCGAGACGGUGUGCGUGGCCUGGUUCUCCCUGGAGUUCAUGCUGCGUUUCAUCCAGGCUCGCAGCAAGCUGGACUUCCUGCGCGGGCCGCUCAACAUCAUCGACGCCAUGGCCAUCCUGCCCUACUACGUCUCGCUGGUGGUGAAAGAGGAGGACCCGAACAUGGAGCAGGAGCGGUCGGGAGGUAAGGGAUACUUGGACAAGCUGGGCCUGGUGCUGCGGAUCCUGCGGGCGCUGAGGAUCCUCUACGUGAUGCGGCUGGCCCGGCACUCCCUCGGCCUGCAGACGCUGGGGCUGACCGUGAGGCGCAGCACCCGAGAGUUCGGCCUCCUGCUGCUUUUCCUCUGCGUGGCCGUCACCCUCUUCUCGCCGCUGGUCCACCUGGCCGAGAGCGAGCUGACGGGCGCCCACGACUUCAGCAGCAUUCCCGCCUCCUACUGGUGGGCCAUCAUCUCCAUGACGACGGUGGGCUACGGCGACAUGGUGCCGAGGUCCAUCCCCGGACAGGUGGUGGCGCUGAGCAGCAUCCUCAGCGGCAUCCUCAUCAUGGCCUUCCCCGCUACCUCCAUCUUCCACAUGUUCUCCCGCUCCUACCAGGAGCUCAAGAUGGAACACGACCGCUUGUUCAAAGAGGAGUGCGCGGCCGCCGCGGCCGCCGCCGCCAUCACGGGGGAGCUGCAGGAGGCGGGGGGCGAGGGGGGAGGGGAGAACUCCGCCCCGUCUGGGCUGGGAACACGUCUGGACAAGGAUAGCGUGCACUCUCUGGAGUCUCUGGCUCUCCUCGGGAAAAGCUGCGAGGCCGCGGGGAAUAACAACCACAGCCUUCCUGCAGCGGCUUUCUGAACUGUUUUCACACUGACUGACUCAAUCCACCACUUCCAGGAGUCCAGUACUAUCCGAACUGCAGAUCAAGGAAGAGCCCAGGUUCUCUGGAAACCCGGCUGGCCAUGCACCUUGGAGAGCAUGAGUGCUGCGUUGGGACAAAAAGGAACUACACACAAAGCAUUUCUUGGAGGAAUGUGCACAGAAAGUGAAGGAUAUCAAACCCUUUAAAUCAGACGGUCUGACCAGAAAGCCUCUGCAGCAAUAUUAGUGACAAGCUGCUUCCAUAAACAUGCAAUAUUCAAUCCAAAGUUGCUUUUCCUUCCACUGUGAAAAUAAUUCUAAGCCUGACUGCAACCUUUAGGGUUCAUUCUCCUUAUUUUUGUUAUGUUGCCUACAGUAUGAUCUGAAGAUGUACCCCAUACUGUAUACUAUUUUGCCAUGAAUUUUAAAGAGUGCUCCUCUUAGUAUAUUUUUGAGAAGCUUGAAGCCAUGUUCUCACAAUAAGUACAAACCAUUUGGUAGUUUGAACAAUAUAUAUAUAUAUAAUGUAUAUCCAUCUAUCUCUCAUGUAUAUUUGUAUGCUUGGACUGAAAGAUAUGAUGCUUUCUCUACUCUCUGCAAACUGUGUUGCUUUUUUUUUUUUAAUCAAUGAAGAAAAGACAAAACAGAGCGAGAAAGAGAUGAGUGUUUGUUUAAGAGAUGAAGGAUGUUGUGUGCAAGAAAGAGAGCGAGCACUAACAACCAUGAAAUGUACUUUACAACGCUCCAAAUAAAAGUUCUCCCAGUAAUCUGAGAGAAAUCCA